AUGACCCACCCUCAGCUCGCAUUCCUCGACGCCCUCCACACACAUCCCCCUCCCUUCCCAACGCAGCUCAACGUGCGCGUAGGAUACAAUGCCCGCAGCUACAUCGCGGUCGACGGAAAGCUACAAUUGCAGACACAGCUACAAAUUACUGCGCAGUGGCGCGACGUGCAUUAUACCCUCGAGGCCUGGCGCGACUGGGACGGUAUGCGUGAUUCGGGUGCGAAGAGCUCUAUCAGUAGUAUGUUAAGUAGCAGCGGCGGCGAGCACUUUCUCCGCUUCUGCGUAUUCUCGGCUGCGCUUCUGAAAGUGAUUAUAGGCAUAGGCAGCGUGCAUCCCAUAUGGGGUUUCUUUGCGUGUCGCGACUCGCUAGAACGUGAUGGACCUCAGUUCCGUCCACUUAAAGCACAUAGGAUGUCGUCGGAGCAGCUGUGGAUGUUGUUUGUCCGGGCAGCAACGACCUGGAUGCGAGAUGGGGGCUGGGCAUUGUGGGCAGACUAUGAGCCGCGGCACUAG